AUGAGUACGGCAAGGGAGAAAACCGAAGUAGAGUCAUCCUCCCUGUUGGAUACGGAUAUUGAAACAGACAUUUGGGCACUUGGCAUCACAGAGAAGUCGAUCUCAGCUGAAGUCGUCGGGAAUCCAUACAAUCCUGGAGAAUUUGAAAGGGUUCAUCCCGGUAUUGGCGCAGAACAACAUGCACCGGACGUAGAGGUCACCGACGCCCCACGAAAGCAAUUCGACUUCAUCCAUAUCCGCUAUCAGAGUACUGCUGGGAUGUGUGAUGGGGCCCGAAUGUUUCGCCUGGCUUUCGAACAGACCAAACCGGGCGGUUGGAUCGAGGUUGUGGAGAACGGGCCAACAUCGUCGUCUCGCAUAUGUUCUGUAUCCACCGCAGACGAGAAUGAAAAGGCGAUAAGUGGGACCCCCGGUAACAUGGUGACUGGUUCUGCAUUCGGGAAUUCGAAUAUAGCUUGUUGGAUCAAACAGCAGCUUAUUGAUGCCGGGUUCGUCGAGGUGGAGGAAAAGGUCUGGAAAGUGGCCUCGAAACCAUGGCAGAGGACAAUUACCGGCAUUGGGAGGUUCAUUGUUGCCUUUUUGAGCAUGCGUUGGGUGUGGGAUGACACUGGUACGAUAUAUCAGGAAAAGGGCCCAGAAAAACAUUACGAGCCAAGUGUAUUUGUCAUUGCGAGGAGACCAUGA